AUGAAGCUCGGCCAGGUAGCCAGGGAAUACGGCCUGGUGGCCUCCACCCUCCGCAAGGCAACACCUGGCAAGGUUUUCCUGACGCGGGCAGAGUUUACCAGCGAGAAGGAGCUGUUUGGAAAGCUGGGCAUCGUGUCGCUACCACACCUCGCCCUCAUACCCCCCAGCCUGCCAGUGGGCGCUGCGCAGGCCGUCGGCCUCACCAAGGACCAUGCCAUGCCCCUCAACGACUACCCCUGGUCGGCCGAGACCAUCGCGGGGUGGGUGAUGGAGACGGCAGGCCUGCCUGCCGUCGAGAUCAAUCGGCCCUCGCUGCUCAAGUCCAGGUUUGCACCGGUCUUUAUGCUCCUCUUCAUGGCGAGCGCCGCAGUGCUGGGGUACCGCCUGUACCAUGCCCCCUUCCUGCGCCACACCUGGAUCUACAUGGCGGGAAGCCUCGUGAUCUACUGGUUCUCCGUCUCGGGCGGCAUGUACAUCAUCAUCCGGGGCAUGCCCUUCGUGCAGUUCGACCAGCGGACGCGCAGCUCCAACCUUUUCCUGCCCGGCCAGGGCCAGCUGGGCGCGGAGGGGUACAUCAUGGGCACCCAGUACCUGCUCUUCGGCCUGGCGGUGGCCGCGGGCACGCACCUGCUGCCGCGCGUGCGGGACAGCGCCGCGCGGCGCCGGCUGGGCUACGCCCUCAUCGCCGGCGGCGCGCUGCUCAUGCGCAGCAUCAUGGGGACGCACCACUGGAAGACGGGCAUGACCACGCACUGGUACUGA